UGCCGACUGCCACUGAAACUGAAAAAGUUUUCCUUUUAGUUGGAGUGUUUGUAAGUGGCGGAGAUGCGUGCAGGACAGUGGAGCGGCGAGCGCGUCCGAGAUGGCGGGCGCGCGCGGUCAUACGACGCCACUUCUCUCUAUCAGCGCCCUCCGCCGCCCUCCUCUCCGCGGGCCGCGCGGCGCCCGCUGAGCGGAAUUUGCACAAGCGGCGCGCCUGGCGACGCGGUUCAGUGUACGUGCGACCGCUCGCGGCCGAGGACGAAUUGCCGCGUCACGCGCAUUGCUCUGCUUAUUACGCAGUUAAAACUAUCGCUGACCGCGUGGACUAUCGUGAAACUACUUUUAGUGACUCCUUACCUGUCAUAUGCCCCUAUAAACCACAUAACACGUGAAUUAUCCCCCGAUAGACCCAGUGAUAACUCUUAUCAGUGUGGAAAAGUUACAAAGUGUAUACUGAACUCGGAAGGACGUCCGAAUUUGCGAGUUUUUGGGACUUUGGUCGUCUCUGACGACUUGAGAGGAUAGUUUACCCGUUGUUGGCCGAUUCGAGCCACGUUACAAGGUUAUCGCGUCUCUAGCCCGCCAGUGAUGAAUUGGAAAAUCGGCGCGUAGUCGCUCACGUGGUGUGCGCCCCGCCCCCGCCUCGCCCGCGCUUAUAUUUAGCGAAAAUCGCCUCUCGGGAGCGGCCCGACGGCCGACGCUCUUUGCGCACAUCGCUGUUUAUGAACGUUAGCGAGACGCCACAUGUUAUUGGCUUCGAAUAACAGAACCGAUAAGCAGAAGACAGAUAACCUCUUCGGAUCGCGAUCUGGCUCUGAAAAAUCUGGAAGUAGUUAACUUUUCACCGAUUUAAUCGGUGGAAAAUAUUAGAAAAGAGAGCGCGCUGUGAUGCUAACGGCCGGUAACGGCACGCGCCGGUGAGCGCUCAUACCGACACACCUACCAAAAAAUUCCACUGUUCGAGAAAGAGUGGGCAACAUGUCUAUACAGGGCAGCGGUGGAUACCAGAGCCCGUGGUCGUCGCAGGGCGGGCACUCGGAGCUGGACGGCACGCUGGAAUUGGAACCUUUGGGCGAGCUGACAGAGGUCGGUUUUGAACCGCAGACGCGCGCGCGAUCCAACACGUGGCCGCUACCAAGGCCAGACAACUACGUCGAAGCGGCUGACGACACCGGCUCCAAGAAGAACUCCAAUCAGAAUUUGAGUGGUGCCCCACCACUACCCGCCGUAGGCACCAAGAAAAAUUCGUCCCGUCGGAAUGCGUGGGGUAACCUCUCCUAUGCUGAUCUCAUUACCCAAGCCAUCACUUCGGCGCAAGACAACAGGCUCACGUUGUCGCAAAUAUACGAGUGGAUGGUUCAGAAUGUGCCAUAUUUUAAAGAUAAGGGAGACAGCAACUCUUCGGCUGGAUGGAAGAAUUCAAUCAGACAUAACCUGUCACUACACAACCGGUUCAUGCGGGUACAAAACGAGGGUACGGGGAAGUCAUCCUGGUGGAUGAUCAACCCUGAUGCGAAGCCAGGCAAGUCAGUCAGACGGCGGGCAGCCUCCAUGGAGACGUCGAAAUUCGAAAAGCGGAGAGGCAGGGUGAAGAAGAAGGCCGAAAUAUUAAGAAACGGUGCAACAGCAGACGCAACCCCAAGUCCUAGUAGCUCAGUGUCAGAAAGUCUCGAUAUGUUCCCAGACUCACCGAUGCACAGCAGUUUCCAGUUGUCGCCGGACUUCCGUCCGAGGGUGUCUUCCAACGCGUCGUCGUGUGGCCGCCUGUCUCCGAUCCCAUCAAUGAUCACGACAGAACCUGACUGGGGCCCAGAGUACACAGACUACACGUCCGCCAACGAUUACUCGCAAACGGACUUCGGACAAGACGAACUCGCUGGCUCUCUCGCCGAUUCCAUGAAACUGGCCGGAACAGAUCCAUUCCUCAACACGUACGUUCCAACGACGUCGUCUUCGUCAUCGGGCGGCAGCUACCGGUACAGCCCGUACGGCGGGUGUCCGAGGCACCCGCACGGGGGCUGCGCGUGUUCGUCCCUGUACACGCACCCGACGCACCCGGCGCAUCCCACGCACCCACACCAGCACGCACUCGAUCACUUCGUCAGGCCACCCCCACCUGCAGAUCCUGCUGAUAUUAUGCAAACAGUUCCUUUUACAGAAAACAAUCAGACGCAAAUGGUGACGACGUCGGACGCAGCUCUGAUGAAUGGUGGCAUGAUGGUGCAAACGGGAGCGAUGGGUCCUACCACGGUUAUGGGACAGAUAAUGGGUGCCCUGAACACUGGACUCGCGGAAGACCUUAACAUUGAAACACUCGAACAUGGUUUCGACUGCAAUGUUGAUGAGGUGAUAAAGCACGAGCUAAGUAUGGAAGGCACGCUAGACUUCAACUUCCCGCAGCAGCACAGCGCGAUGGCGGCGGAGGCCGAGAGCCAGUUCGCAGCGCCCGCGCCGCCCGUGCCGACCACGCUGUCGGGCGGCAAUGGGCCCCGCGCGCCCUACUCCGUCGCCCCCUCCUGGGUCCACUGAGACAUACCAUCCGAACCUUCGGACCUUCGGACCAGUUACCUACUUACAAGUUCACAUUGUCCACUGUAAAUACGAUGUGACGCAACUUUUCUCUUUUGUUACUUUUGCAUUGUAGUCGAGAUUUUUUGUUCUUUUAUCAUGUUAACUAAUGUUAGAGUUUUAUUUAGUGUUAAGUGGACGGUUACCGAUCGUUGUUGCAGUCAAUUGUGUUAGUGUAGGCUUUAGUGCUAAGCUAGGUGGAAGCUUGUGAUAUAGAUAGGGUAUCGUAAUCCGGAUUGUGGAUCCUGGAGGGAGGCGAGCGCUGUGCACCGCUCGUGAAUACACGAGAAAGAUUCGAAAAUCCAUCGGCUAUCAGAAAUACAGGAGUACUCUGAUCCCGACGUGAUCUAUUCACCAAAGUUUGAAGCUGAACGAGGAGCUCUGAUGGCUCUUCGCCUCCUGAGCCAGUUCAAAUGAAUACAACGAUUCAUCACAAUAAGAACCAAAUUAGAGAAGACCAGUUGAAUCAUGGAGACUGAUAAGUGUUCUAAAACUAUUAUUGGCAAGCAAAAUUUACGAUCAAAAGUGACAUUUUCGUGAUAUAUUAGACAUUGAAUUUUAUUUUUAAGGUAAAUGUGACCUCGCGUUAAUGAUCAAUGUGUAGUUUCGAGUUAAACGCUAUCAACGACGUGUUAGUGGUAGACGUGGAGUUCGGAGAGGGGUGAACAAGUGCGGUUGUAGCCCCUCCUGCAUCUACCAACUUAGUGUUUAGUAAAUUAAGUUCACACCACAUCUCAGUGUGAGGAGGCACAUCUGACUGAAUAUGAAUUAUUUCUGAAUGUAUUGUACCGAGAGUUUAUUCUGUCUGAAAUGAAUCUAUGCUUAAAUAGACUAUGGUAAUUUAGUCUUUUGUAUUUGGAUUUGCUACGGAAAAGUAGAAGAUUUGACCAAAUAAUCAUUUAUGACUUUUACGCAAACAAAAUGGGAAUAAAAUUAUACGAAUUAUUUUGCGGUUCUUACCGAUACUCUAUUUCCCGGGAUGAGUAUUGGGCUGUUAGCAUUCAAAAACCGUAAAGUAAUUUGUUUAACAGCUUAUUUGGCCAAAUUGGAAAUUCAUGUGUGGGCCAAAAUUAUGUACAAAUAUAUUGCUAGUAAAUGUCAAACUAGAUUUGUCUAAUAAAUCCAUAUGGCAGGAGGUUGAUUAAACCAAAUAUGAAGCAUUACAAUAUUUUUUGCCUCCUGUUCAUAAUUUUCAAAUAAUAACAUAAAAAUACGAACUACUGUCAGCAAAAAUGCAAUUAUUUUUAUCAAUCAUGCCAUAAUGUAAAUAGGAUAUUUUAUAGUUACAUACACGUGCGCCAUUUUUAACCAAAUACCGUUACUGUAAUUGCUCAACGAUACAUCUAAAGACGCCAAAUUCGGAACGGACUUCAAAUUGCUUUGGAAUCAAGAACCAAAUUAUUCACAGGCCAUGGUACAUUUGUAUGCUGGUUAAUAGUACUACUACGUUCAGUUUUUCUAUACGAUGUAGACUAAAUAGUAACUCGGUGAUACUAUUAACUAUCAACAAAACUUGUUCGUCGUAAUAUUCAAAAGCUCCGACUUCACAAUAUUGCUAUAACAUAAGUGUCUACUGAUAAUGUGUAUAUGUAUAUGCUCAUUCUCAAUAAUUGUGUAUAAUAAAACCAGGAGAAGUUGGAAAUUGUGUCUAAUAGAUGACGCACAAACAAAAUCCGUUAUAGUCAAAUAUCUAGUCCCAGAUAUUAUUUUUCAGUAAGCUACUUUUCAGAUAUAUAAGCAGAAUUUUACUCAUAGAUAAGCAUUAUUGCGGGCUAGCCCAUGUUAACUAUAAACGUAGCAAAAUUGAGUUCAUUCUGUGAAUUACCUCAGUGGACUUUUUGUGAUAGAUUUAGCCAAUAAGUGUUCAAUUUAAUACGUGUAUCGUAUAAGUCAAUUCUUGUACUUUUGGCGUCCAUUUAUAUAUUAUGUGUUUUAAAGACAAUAUUUGGUUUUUGCAUUAUGUAUUUCGAGACGUUUAUUUACGCAUGCCAUUUAUCAAACUUUUACUGCUUCUAUACUUUGUUACGUAUAUUUGCAGCUGACAUUGGUGCUAUAGAUAAUAUUUUAUUGUAUAGCUCAUUAUGAACAGAUUUUAGUUUCAUAAAUACAUGUGUAAAUGACGUACAAUGUGGUUAACUUGAUACGCUACAAUUUUUAUUAUGUUGCGCGUAUAUAUUGGUACUAGUAGACAAAAUUCAAGAUAGCGACGCGAGUUGUGAGCACACGUUAUAAUUUCUAUAAAUAUGUAGAUAGUUAAUAAUGUUUAAAGUUAAUUUUGUGUGACUUAAAGUCUGUAGAGCGGUCAGUGGAUGUUCGACAUCGGCCCUACCUAGGUGAUGGGUUUCUGAUAGUAACCAUUUGCCAAAUAUAAAUACGUAAAAUCCAAUAACAAUCGAUUAUAUGAAUGUACGUGUAAUCGGAAUUAAAUCGUUAGUUUGUAUAAUGAAUGUUUUAGACGAGUAAUCAAUUAGUCUCUUCGGAGGUAUCUCAUGAAUUAAUUAAGGUUGUUAGUUAAUAUUAUCUCCUGGUUGUUGAAAUGUAAUAUUACGAUAUACAUACAAUGUGAAGAGACGUAUUUUAUGUCAAUCCAUGUGGUCAAUUAAAUAUGGACCGAAUUAAAAGUCUGUUCCAUUAAAGCCUAGCGUUAAUGUGAAUGAUUGAAAAAACAAUGUAGAUUGUUGUUGUGCUUUUAGCCCUGGUUUGCUAAAUAAAUGGCUUCCUUUUUGUAGCUAUGCGGUAGAUAAUGUGAAAACGCAACAAAUCUUUUUCAAAAUUGAGAACAAAAAUAUUUCUUUUUACCUUUUUUUUAACAACUACUAAGAAAAAGUUAAAUGGAAAUGCUGAAAGUUGCACAAUUGACAUUCGAAAUUAUGUAAUUAGAAUCUUUGACUAGAGGCACAAAAUACGGGUCAGCUUGUACAAUGCACAUGAUAAGUACAGUAUCAGUUGAUACAAAACCUACGAACUCGUUUAUCGAUAAUGUAUGGGAUAAUAUUUGUUGGACGGUGUCGUUACUUGUGUGGUUAGGUGUACGUCGCGAUAGCAUGUAAACAAUUUGAUCUAAGUACAUAGAUUGAAUUGGUAGGUAUGUAAUAUGGAAAUGCGUAAACGCAUGUAGGCGCAUACAAUUACCCUUUUGUUUAUGCCUAUGGGAAUUGUCAUUAGUUCGUAAUAGAUAAUAUAUUUUAAUAUUAGACCAUGAUUAUUGCAUUAGUAAUCAUGUAUUUAUAGGAGAUGGGUGUGCGUCCCAUAGAAGAGAUACUUCUGUGUAAAUUAUUUUGUACAAUGUUUAAAUUUUCUAUGUUUGCAUCAUUAUUUUUAUGGCGUAACUUUAGUAGGUAUAAUAAUUUUGUUGAUUUUUAUUUUUCAGUUGCUUACUAUUAUAAUAAUCUGUACGACAAAAAUGUGAAACUCUAGAUGAAUUAGAAUGAAAUUAUGUGUUUCAAUGUAAAUAUAUAGACAAAACAUGUAUGUAGAGGUACAUAAAUAUUAUUUAUGUAUUAAAUUUGAUAUUGUUUUCAAAAUUUAACUA